AUGGAGAAGGAGGUGGCGGAGACGUUCGAGGCCGCGAAGAAGGCUGCGGACGCCACGGCGGCGGCGGCGGAGGGCGGAGGAUCGCCGGAGGCCGAUCGGUGCGUCGGCGCGCUGAGGCGGCUGCGGAAGAUGACGGUCACCACCGACAUUCUCGUCACCACCCAGGUCGGGAAACGUCUUCGCGCCCUCACAAAACAUUCACACCCGAAGAUUAAAGCAGCGGCUUCCGACUUGUUGGGAUUCUGGAAAAACAUUGUUAUCAAGGAGAGUUCUAGCGGCAAGAAAAGCGUAACUUCUGAAAAUAAAAAGUGCGCUAAACUUGAAACCAAAUCCGCGGCACCACACACAAUCAAGGAUAAGAAGACUCCAGAAGCUUCUUCCCUAAAGAUCAACAAAUCUGAUAAGGAUAAGAAGACUCCAGAAGCUUCUUCCGUAAAGAUCAACAAAUCUGCGGCACCACAUACAAUCAAGGAUAAGAAGACUCCAGUAGCUUCUUCCGUAAAGAUCAACAAGGUUCGAAAAUCAGCAAGUCUUAAUGCUCCUAAAGAAGAGAGUAAGCUGUCGAGCAUUCCCAAAUCAUCGUCGGCCCCUCUCGCCCCGCCAAAAUUCGCAUCUCUGGUCAAAUGCGACGACCCUGUGCGGGACAAAAUCCGCGAACUUCUCGCCGAGACGUUUUCCAAGGUUUCUGAGGAAACAGGCAAAGACGCAAGAGACGAAGUGAGAAACAUUUUAGAUGAAGUCAAAUCUUGUGACCCGAUUCGAGCGGCUGCAACCGUGGAGUCUGCGCUGUUUGAAAAGUUGGGCAGCUCCGCGGGCGGCCGUAAGCAGAAAUACCGAUCGAUAAUGUUCAACCUAAGGGCGGACAAUAACACCGACCUUCGGAGGAGGGUUCUGAUCGGACAAGUGAGGCCCGAGAGUCUCGCGGAUAUGUCCCCAGAAGACAUGGCCAGCGACGCGAGGAAGCUCGCGAACAACAAGAUCAAGGAGAAGGCUUUGUUCGACUGCGAGAGGGGCGGGCCGCCAAAGGCGACGACCGACCAGUUCAAGUGCGGUCGGUGCGGGCAGAGGAAGGCGACUUACUAUCAGAUGCAGACUCGGAGCGCUGACGAGCCGAUGACGACGUUCGUGACGUGCGUGAACUGCAACAACCACUGGAAGUUCUGCUGAGCACCGCCGUUAUAUAUUCGCAGUUCCGACCAGCUUGCCAUUGCAUUUGAAUUGUUGUUCAUUGCCUGAUUAGAAAAUAUCUGUGACUUCCUUAAUUUAGAUUGAAAUGUGUGACUUUAAAGUGUCAUGUUGUUUGUACAUGCAUAUAUAUAUGCAUAUAUAUAUAUAUAUAUAUAUAUAUAGCAGUACAUGCUAUGAACUCUGUUUAAGUUAAUAUUUGUGGUGUUAGUAUAUGUGGACCAUAACCUGUAUCAAAUUAGUUGUGAUUUGUAAUGGACCUGUUUGAAUAUAUAUA